GUCAGCUGACAGCGCCGUGCGCCGGGGCCGAACGCUGCUGACCGCUCCGGUGCCCGCUCGCUGCCGUCAUGCUGCGGCUGCUGCUCCCGCUGGCCGGCCUGGCGGAGCUCCUCUGUGCGGCGGCUUCAUUGACCCAAGGCAUCCCUUCAUAACCACAUAAUUGCCUGCUGGAGACUCCUACAGAACAGAACAGACAGGAAGCAAAGAUGAUCUCCUUCAAGCAACUGCCCCUUGAGGCAAAGGCUGCAGUGGCUGCAGGAGUGGUUUUCUUCUCCAUGAUGUUAUCACGGAGUUAUCUGGCAGAACAACUGGAGCUCAGGACGCGGCGUUGGCUUCUGAGGCUGCAGAUGGCACUGUUUGCUAACACGCUGAUGCUGAUAGGAUCUCUUCAUGUUUGGAAAAGCACAGUCACCAUGUUUUCCAGGUCUUCAGCUGCCAACUCCUUCUUUUUCAUGCCAUGGAAAAUAGCCGUCUUCAUGUUUCUAGCUUUGGCUCACUCAAGUUUCUUUACUUUGCUAUUUCUUGUUGCAGAAGAGCCCUAUUUCUUUUCUUUAGCUGCCUACACUUGCCUGGGGGCCUAUAUUAUUCUUAUUUUCUUCCUCUUUGCUCUGGGCUCGGUAGAACAGGCUUACAAGUUCUUUGCUGGGAGAGGCAUUAAGGCAAACAGCAGUGGUAAGAGCAACAGAACAGCAAUGAAGCCGGUUUUGGCAGUCAUGCUGACUGCUGUACUGACUGUCAUUGGGCUGCUAAAUGCUUCCCAGCCUCCUACUGUGAAUAGAGUGGAGAUUCCAGUUCACAAGCUGCCCUCAACAAUGGACAACUUAAAAGUGGUCUUGCUUUCAGAUAUCCAUCUGGGACCUACUGUUGGGAAGACCAAGCUUGCCAUGAUUGUGCAAAUGGUUAAGGCUUUGAAACCAGAUAUCACAGUGAUUGUUGGGGACCUAACUGACUCCGAGGCAGAGAUCAUACGGCCUGCUGUUGAGCCUCUUGGAGAACUUCAUUCUCCUCUGGGAACGUACUUUGUCACGGGAAACCAUGAAUACUACACAUCAGAUGUUAGCAACUGGUUUGAGCUGUUAAAAUCUUUUAACAUUCGGCCACUCCAUAAUGAGAACGUGAAGAUUGUUUCACCAGAGAGCACUGAUGACUGGUUCUGCCUGGCUGGUGUUGAUGAUAUUGAGGCAGAUGUAUUACGCUACUCAGGGCAUGGCAUGGAUUUAAAAAAAGCUCUCAGAGGUUGUAGCAGUGAGCAUGCAAUAGUGCUGCUAGCUCAUCAGCCGAUGGCUGCAAAGUGGGCCCUUCAGGAGAGACCAGAAAUAAAUUUAAUUCUCUCUGGUCAUACUCAUGGAGGGCAGAUGUUCCCACUAAACGCUGGGGCUUAUUUUCUGAAUCCCUUCUUUGUUGGCUUGUACAAAGUUGGGCAGAACACCUUUGUCUACGUCAGCCCAGGGACGAUGUACUUUGGAAUACCCAUGAGGUUGGGCAGCAGAGCUGAAAUAACAGAGAUAAUUCUACGUUCUCCUUGAGGAGUUUCCCAUUUUAUGGAUUUUUGCCAUCGUUUUUAGUCAGUACAUUGGCUUUUUUGCUCUGAAAGAAAACGCUUUUUCAGGAAAGCAAUAAGAAUGUAUUAGGAUGGACUUAAGCAGAUUCUGUUAAAUCUGAGGAGAAAACAAUGUAUCUUCGGCCUAUGUAACAAAUCAGAGGGCGUGUAAAAAUACUCAAGAAAUUCCUUCUUUAUGUUCAUUGUUAUUGACAUUCUGCAUUUAAAGAUAACACAGUCACAGAGAUGAUGCAUGUUCUGUGCAUGUUUACUGUGUGUCCUACAGCUACUUCAUGAUUCUCUGUUGAUUAUGCGUUAGGCAGUUGCCUUACCCAAUCUCAGAUUGGUGAAAUUCGGCUCUCUUGCAGUGAAAUCACACACAUGUAUUUUGCAGAAGGGCCACAGAAUGUCCUCUGAAUAUCUAAAUUCCAGAAGUCUUAUGCUAAAAAAGGUUAUGGGAAAGGAACAGUUUUAUUUUUAUUUGAUUGUCUUUAUCUCACUUUGUCUGUAGCAUGCUGCGGGGCUACCAGUCUGCGCUGCUCACCAGUGCAGGGAGGUGCCAACAUUAUUUUCUGAAAUUCAGGUUUUCUUCCAUUUGAGAAGUUGAGGGAAACUGAUGUUUAAGAUGAAAGUAGCUGUCUCUCUGCAGGCAUUUUCCCUAGAAUAGUUGGGCAUUUAGUAAUUACUUUCUGAAAGCAGCUGUAAUAAAAGCAAAUGAAAAAUAAUCUCUUAAUUGACAUCAUUUCUGUUGCUAUUUGAGCAUUCACUGCUUUAUGUUGUAAAGCACAAAGUCAAGGGCUGAGGUAUUCUGUCUCUUUUUUCCUCUUUGUUCAGUGUUUUUGUUUUUUUUUGUUUUUUUUUGUUUUUUUUUUUU